CCUUCCCUCCUCAUCAACCAAGACACAUCCUCUAGCUUCCACUCUAAUGUGGGUGGCCUCUUCCCUCCUGCUUAAAAGUGUAUCACAGAUAUUUCCCAGCUCUGUUGUGACACUGGCCCUAUGCUGAUAGGUCUCUGCACAUUUUAGUUCUGGUUGUAAACGUAUUCUUAACCAGGAUGAUAGGACUGGGGGAUAAGGGUGAGAUUUGGCUGCAUCACUUGUAUCUUUAGCCAUGAACAGCAAGUAAAAGGUGGGGCUCAUUUGUAAUGCAGCAUCACGGGGAGGAGUUGCUUAUAUAACUGGACAGCAGAUUUAGUGAAAGGAGAGAAGAGGCAGAGGCUGGGAAUGGGAACAGUGAACUGUCGGCAGGGGCAACAUGCCCGGGUGGUUGUUUCUCAUAAGCAGGGUGGCAAUAUCCAGGGCCCCUGGGUCCGAGGCUGGAAGAGCCUCUGGUCAGGUGUGGGGACCACCAGGUCAGGCCUGGAAGAACUGUGGGGACUACGGGGGCAUCAGUGCCAGCAUCAGGAGCCCCUGGAGCCAGCUCCACUGCUGGUAGAGAAGCCUCUGUCUGAGUGGCCAGUGCCUCAGUUCAUCAACCUCUUUCUGCCGGAGUUUCCCAUUAGGCCCCUUAGGGGGCAUCAACAGCUGAAGGUUUUAGGCCUUGUGGCUAAAGGUUCCUUUGGAACGGUCUUCAAGGUGCUAGACUGUGGCCGGAAAGCAGUAUUUGCAGUGAAGGUGGUGCCCAAGGUCAAGGUCCUCCAGAAGGACAUCCUGAGGCAGUGCAAAGAGGAGGUUAGCAUCCAGAGACAGAUCGACCAUCCUUUUGUACAUGGUUUGGGAGACAGCUGGCAGGGAAAACGACACCUCUUCAUUAUGUGCAGCUACUGUAGCACAGACCUGUACUCCCUGUGGUCCACUGUUGGCUGCUUUGCUGAGGCUUCCAUCCGUCUCUUUGCUGCUGAGCUGGUCCUGGUGCUGUGCUAUCUCCAUGACUUGGGCAUCAUCCAUCGAGAUGUGAAGAUGGAGAAUAUCCUUCUGGAUAAACGAGGUCACCUGAAACUGACAGACUUUGGUCUGUCCCGUUACCUGCCCCAGGGAGCUCGAGCCUAUACUAUUUGUGGAACUCUUCAAUACAUGGCCCCAGAGGUUCUGAGUGGAGGGCCUUACAACCAUGCUGCUGAUUGGUGGUCCCUGGGUGUCUUGCUUUUUUCUCUGGCAACUGGAAAGUUUCCUAUGGCUGCAGAGAGAGAUCAUGUGGCCACGUUGGCAAGUGUGACCCACUAUGACUCUGAGAUCCCAGCUUCUCUUACCCAGGGGCUCUCACUUCUGCUCCAUGAGCUCUUAUGCCAGAAUCCCCUCCAGCGUCUACAUCAUUUGCAUCACUUCCAGGUCCACCCUUUCUUUCGGGGUGUGGCCUUUGACCCAGAGCUCUUACAGAAGCAACCAGUGAACUUUGUCUUGGAGACACAAGCUACUCAGCCUAGUCCAUCAGAGUCCAUGCUGUUCAGUGACUUUGACUGUAACCUGGAGUCCUACCUGGUCUACCGCAGCCUUGCUUGAGCCCCCUUUGCUAUAGAUUGGGGCCCAUCUUGGAGCCUGAAGAUCUCCUCCACUGCUAACUCAGUAUGACCCCUUGAUGAUCCAGUUUGUUUUCACUUUGCAGCCUCUUAUCAUUCUGUUCUUCUAGGCAUUGUACCAGAGUUUAAAUCUUGGGCAUUCUGCUACUCACAGCCACAACUAGCCCUCAUCCUAUUAUACAACCCACCUCUCAAUUCAACAUCUGGAUCAGUGUGUUGACUUUUUCUCUGCUUUCAUUUCUCCAGUGCUCAUACCCUGAAGCUUUUAACCAGAGGCUUAUUUCACUCCCCACUCCUUGUUUCUGCAUCAUGUUUCCUUUCUUGAGCAGUAAUAACAUUUCAUGAGUUCCCAAGGUGCUAUUUGUGUGUUCAACAGGUUUGUCAGAAGCAGUAUGAUAUUUUUCAGGUCUCAGAAAAUGGCAUUUC